AUUCUCCAGAUACCUCAUCCCUGCAGGCAGACGGCUGUCCUUUUCUUUCACUCUUCUCAGUGCUUCAGAUUCCCAAGCCCUUUGACAACCCAGCAUGGCGGACAAGAUCGAAGACGAGAAACGCAUGGAAUACGGCAGCGAGGAGAAAGCCAUCGGCCUCUCAUCCGAACCCUCUCCCACCGUCGAGCCUACCAAAGAUGGCCUGCGCACCGUUGACGCCGGCCUCCCACCUGAUCAGGUCGUCACUGAAGACGAGGUCAGCCAGGCAGAAGCUCGCCGUAUCAUGAAAAAGAUCGACUACAGAAUCAUUCCUCUCCUUUCCGUUUUGUACCUACUUGCAUACAUCGACCGAAGCAAUUUGGGUAACGCCAAAAUCGCCGGCAUGUACGACGACCUCGAGCUGUACGGCAUGAAAUACAAUACCGCCUUGACGGUCUUCUUCGUUCCAUACGCCCUGUUCGAAGUGCCUAGCAACAUUGUGCUGAAGAUUAUCCGGCCGUCAAUUUGGAUCUCAGUGCUUUGCUUUGCGUGGGGUCUGGUCAUGACUCUCAUGGGACUUGUCAACUCAUAUAGCGGACUUAUAGCGGCCCGUUUCUUCCUCGGUGUGACGGAAGCCGGCUUCUUUCCUGCUGCUACUUUUCUUCUCACCAUCUGGUAUCAGCGCUACGAAGUCCAACGCCGCAUGGCCGUCUUCUACGCUGCGGCCUCGCUCUCGGGCGCCUUCUCGGGCCUCUUGGCCUACGCCAUCGAGAAAAUGGACGGCAUAUCCGGCCUGGCUGGCUGGAAAUGGAUCUUCAUUCUCGAAGGUCUGGCUCCUGUCGCCGUCUCGUUCACCCUUUACUUCCUGCUUCCCGACAAGCCCGAGACCGCCAAGUUCUUGACCAAGCGCGAGCGCGAGUUCGUUGUCAACCGCAUCGCACUGCACACCGGUUCAGGGUCUGGCCGGGUCACGAACGCCGACAAGAUCGGCUUGCCUCACAUCAAGGCCGGGUUCAAGGACUGGCGUGUAUGGCUGUCCAUCAUCCCUUUCUGGGGCUGCAGCAUCGGAACGUACGGAUUCACUGCGACGGUGCCGACCGUGGUCAAGGAUCUCGGCUAUUCCUCUGCCAAUGCGCAGCUGAUGACCAUCCCCAUCUACGUUGCCGCGUUGCUGGCCACUGUGAUCGUCGCCUUCUGGUCCGAUCGGGUCCAGCAGCGCACGCCAUUCCUCAUGGGCGGCUUCGCGAUCGCGGUCGUGGGCUUCAUUGCCGAACUGGCGAUCGCGCAUCCCAAGAUGCCCGGCGUGACGUACUUCUUCUUGUUCCUCGUUGCGAUCGGGCUGUAUUGUCCGUUCACGUGCGUGGUCACGCUGGUUGCGAAUAACCUUGCGCCGUCCAGUAAGCGAGCGGUCGGCAUGGCCUUGUUGAUCAGUGUCGGCAAUAUGGGCGGAAUCUGCGGCUCAAACAUCUACUUCUCCGCCGAGGCGCCGGACUAUCCCACCGGCUUUGGCGUGUGCCUGGCCAUCUGCGUGCUAUCCAUCAUCUCCGCGUACAUCUUGCGUGUGGCAUACCGUCGCGAGAACAAGAGGCGAGACGAGUAUGUCGCGCAAGAGGGCGAGGCGGCGAUCAAGGCCAGGUACACUGAGCAGGAGCUGUUGGACUUGGGUGACAGGAGUCCGUUCUACCGAUAUACCUUGUAAGCAGACGGGUUAGCUAGAAGGAAAAUACAGGCUGCAAGGUUGUGUUUGGGGGGAGUUGACAGGUUAUAGCAUGCACCUGGGAGUUAUAGUGAGAGAAUGAUAACGUGUUGAUCCUGA